GCGAGCUCCAGCCUGAAGCCGCUCAGUGUCCGGCGGGCCCGCGCGAUGUUCCCCCCAAACCACGCCGGGUGCCAUGGCCUGGGGGCCGGUCUCUGCCCUCCGCUCCGCUUCGCGAGGCAGCCCCCGCCCCCCCUGGUGUGAGGAUGCCCUGAGCUGACCGCAGGGCCAGACAUGCCCCGGUGGCACCCCGACUCCCGAGCCCAGCAGGUGGCGCCCCAGAGGUUCCCGGGCGAGGGCGCUCGGCGACGGGCGGACCCGCUGCUGCCCGGCUGGCCUCUGUGCGCGCUGCGGCCGGCCGUGGGCGCGGGGCGGCCCGAGGGCUGGAGGGCGCCGGGCGGCUCCGAGUGGUGGCAGACCUCCAGCGGCGAGUCCUGGCCCGCGGCGCGGGGGGCGCCCCGCCGCAACCCCCCGACGCGCAUGCCGCCUCUGCCCGCCGCGGCCCAGCGGGCGGCGCGGAGGUCAGGGCUGAGGUCGCUGCUGCUGCCGCCCCGGUUCCUGGACAGAGCGCCCUGGACACGGGUGCUCCAGCACCCCGAGCCUGGAGAAUACGCGAAGGACAGGAGGGGCUUGGCCGGGGAGGCCAAGGACCCCAAGGACUCCUUGGGCGCCCUGCUAGGCCAGUUCCUCCCCGGCAGGUUCCAGAAGCUCCUGCGCCAGCUCGGGGCUCAGUGGGUGGAGAAGCUGGAGCCACAGACAGCCUCAGAAUCGCGUCAGAAGCGGGCUGUGUCAGAGCACUGGUGGGGGCAAGCUCCUUCGUGUCCUUCCUUCCUUCCCCACCUGCGGUGCGAGUCAUCGAACUCUCAGAGUAGUCUCAGGAAGGUUUCAAGCCAUCGGAUACCUACCCUGGGGCCGCUGAGGAGAGAGCCCACACUGCGGCCGCUGAGGAGAGAGCCCACACAAUUCUCCGAGGUCAACAAGGCCAAUCCCUGCGGCCUACAGGCCCCCAAGCUCAAGGCCGCGCUCACCCACAGCUCCUCAGAAGCCUCGGGGCCCUACAGGCGGUGUAGCCCCUUCCGAGUGCGAUUCGCUGACGAGACGCUACAGGACACGGCGUUUCGCUACUGGGAGCGAAGAUGUGCGCUCCAGCAGGGCGUCACCGGGAACCGGCCCCCCCGGCCAGCCCCCUCGUCGGCGACCUUGGAGCCUGUGUUUGGGAGCAUCAGGAGGUGGUUGGAGAGUUUGCCCAAGACCCUGGACUCCAGGCCCCGGGAGGCGGCCACGGCCAGCCGGGACUGCCCUGGCCUACCCAUCCUGGGGCGGCAGAGCCACCUCUCUGAGGACACCUUCUCGAGCAGCACCCAGGGGUGGCGGAGAGACCGCAAAGCCUUCCUGGGCACCCACAACGUUCUCAACCAGGUGGGCAAAUCGCCCUGCUCCUGGAGCCAGCAACUGGAGUCCUUCCUGCCCCGCCUGGAGCUGAAGCGAGGCCGUCCUAAGGGGUACCAGCUCCUCCUGCCUUCCGCUCUGCAGUAGCAGGCUCGGUGACGCAUGGCCCCCGGACCCCAACCCAGCCGUGGACAUGGGCCUGGGGUGCGGACAGGCCUGCCUUGCCCUACAAAUAAAUGUACAUCCCAGGGGGCUGGGACCUGCCGCCAGGUCUCACCCUACAAGCCUC